UCUUGAGUUUGCUGGGGUCUGCACUUCUACAGUAGGAGUCGGUCGAGCAUCGUACAGUCACAGGAAUAAUUUCGAUCCCUUUCCCUGUUUGACACCUCCACCUCAUCAUGGCCUCGUUUGAUCCUCAAGACCCAGACUUCGAAUUCCUGGCCGUCGACCGGAAGAAGCUUGCCAAAGAACAGACGCAGACAUUUGACGGCAAGAAGUCAUGCUGGAUAAAUGACGACAAAGAGGGCUUCGUCGCCGCCGAAAUCCUCAGCACCAAAGGGGACGAAAUCACCGUCAAGACAGAAAAGUUGGAGAACCGAACGGUAAAGAAGGAUGACAUCCACCAGAUGAACCCUCCAAAGUUCGAGAAGAUCGAAGACAUGGCCAACCUGACCUACCUGAACGAAGCCGCCGUCCUCUACAAUCUCAAGGCGCGCUACGUCGUCGGCAUGAUCUACACCUACUCCGGACUGUUCUGCGUGGCCAUCAACCCCUACCGACGACUGCCCAUCUACACGCGGUCCCUGGUCGAGAAGUACCGAGGCAAGAGGAGAUCGGAAAUGCCGCCCCAUCUUUUCUCCAUUUCUGACAAUGCCUACCAGUUCAUGGUUCAAGAUCGAGAAAAUCAGUCAAUUUUGAUUACUGGCGAGUCUGGAGCCGGGAAGACUGAGAACACGAAGAAGGUCAUCCAGUACUUCGCUGUGGUGGCCGCCGGCCAGAAACAUCAAGAGGGGGAGAGCUCGGAGACGGAAAAGAAGAGGUCCCUCGAGGACCAGAUUGUGCAGGCUAACCCUGUCCUAGAAUCCUACGGUAACGCCAAAACCACCCGAAAUAACAACUCCUCCAGAUUCGGAAAGUUUAUCCGAAUCCACUUCGGUUCCCAAGGAAAGAUCGCCGGAGCCGAUAUUGAACAUUACCUGCUGGAGAAAUCCCGCGUGACGUUCCAACAACCCGCCGAGAGGAACUACCAUAUCUUUUACCAGAUCCUGUGUGGAGCCAUCGCCCCCAUGGCAGACAAUCUCCUGGCUAGUGCCGACCCCGGUCUGUAUUCCUUCAUCAACCAGGGAGCCCUUACCGUGGACGGAAUCGAUGACGUGGAGGAAAUGAAGACCACUGAUGAAGCUUUUGAUAUUCUUGGCUUCACUGCUGAAGAGAAGGGAAGCAUGUACAAAUGUACCGGCAGCAUUCUUCACAUGGGAGAGAUGAAGUUCAAACAGAGAGGAGAACAGGCCGACGCAGAUGGAACAGCUGAUGCUGAGAAGGUUGCACUUCUGCUGGGCAUCAACAAUGCCGACCUCAUCAAGAGUUUGCUCAAGCCGAAGAUCAAGGUGGGCAACGAGUACGUGAGUCAGGGCCGGACGAAGGACCAGGUGGUGUAUUCGGUGGCCGCCCUGGCCAAGUCCCUGUACGACCGCAUGUUCACGUGGCUCGUAAAGAGAGUGAACAAGACCCUGGACACCAAGAAACCUAGGCAGUUCUUCAUUGGUGUGCUCGAUAUCGCUGGUUUCGAGAUCUUCGAUUUCAACAGUUUCGAACAGCUCUGUAUCAACUACACCAACGAACGUCUGCAGCAGUUUUUCAACCACCACAUGUUUGUGCUGGAGCAGGAGGAAUAUAAGAAGGAAGGCAUCCACUGGGAGUUUAUCGAUUUUGGAAUGGACUUGCAGGCCUGCAUUGAGCUUAUUGAGAAGCCAAUGGGCAUCCUGUCCAUCUUAGAAGAAGAGUGCAUGUUUCCGAAAGCGUCCGACAAGACGUUCAUGGAAAAGCUGUUUGCUACUCAUAUGGGCAAAUCACCCAACUUCUGUAAGCCACAGAAGGGCAUGAAGGGGGCUGGUGAUGCUCAUUUCGCCCUCAAGCACUACGCUGGAACGGUGCCAUACAACAUCACCAACUGGCUGGAGAAGAACAAGGAUCCGAUCAACGAGACUGUCGUGGAUCUCCUGUCUCACUCCAAGGAGCAGCUCGUCCAGACGCUGUUUGCUCCUCCAGAAGUUGUUGAGGGAGGUGGAAAGAAAAAGAGGAAGAGCUCUGCUUUCCAGACAAUUUCCUCGACACAUAAAGAAUCCCUGAACAAGCUGAUGAAGAACUUGUACAGCACACAUCCUCACUUUGUGCGUUGUAUCAUCCCCAACGAGUUCAAGACUCCAGGGCUGAUUGACGCUCAUUUGGUACUGCACCAGCUACGGUGCAAUGGUGUACUUGAGGGUAUUCGAAUCUGCCGCAAGGGCUUCCCCAGCAGAGUUAUCUACUCUGAAUUCAAACAGAGAUACUCUAUCCUGGCGCCCAACGCUAUUCCGCAGGGCUUUGUGGAGGCGAAGAUCGCUUCAGAGAAGGUGCUGCUGGCCCUGCAGCUUGACGAGAACGAGUAUCGUCUUGGCAACACGAAAGUCUUCUUCAAGGCUGGCGUUCUCGGUUACCUGGAGGAGUUGCGAGACGAGCGACUCACCAAGAUCAUCUCCCUGCUGCAGGCUCACAUCCGUGGCUAUCUGUGCCGCAGAUUCAGGAAGAAGUUGGAAGACCAGAGGACUGCACUUUCCGUGAUCCAGCGUAAUAUUCGAAAAUGGCUGGGCAUGCGCAACUGGGCUUGGUGGAAGUUCUACAGCAAGAUCAAGCCUCUGCUCAACAUUGCACGUGCUGAAGAUGAAAUGAAGAAGAAAGAAGAAGAGCUUGCCAAGACCAAAGAAGAAUUGGAGAAGUCCGUGAAAAGACAAAAAGAAUUGGAAGAACAGAAUGUAACUCUCCUAGAUCAGAAAAACAAUCUCUUCCUUCAAGUAGAAACACAAAACGAUACCAUUUCAGAGUUCGAAGAAAGGAUUGAGACGUUCCUGCAACAGAGGGCAGAGCUAGAGGACAAAAUAAAAGAAUAUGAAGAGAGACUACUUGAUGAAGAAGAUGCAAUAGCUGAACAUACUGAGAAAAUGCGGAAACUAGAAAACGAACUAGCAGACUAUAAAGAAGAUGUACAAGACUUGGAAAAUAAACUAGCAAAAUCAGAACAAGAAAAACAGAUGAAAGACAACCAAAUAAAGACUCUACAGGACGAAAUGGCUGCUCAAGAUGAACAGAUCCAGAAGAUGAACAAAGAAAAGAAGAACACAGACGAGCAGCUGAAGAAGACUAUGGAAGAUCUUCAGAGGGAAGAAGACAAAGUGAAUCACCUCUCGAAACUGAAGUCAAAACUCGAACAAACAUUAGACGAGCUGGAGGACAAUCUGGAGAGAGAGAAGAAGAUGCGAGCUGACGUAGAAAAAUCAAAGAAGAAAAUCGAACAAGACCUUAAAGCUACACAAGAGACAGUAGAUGAGCUCGACCGUGCAAAGAGAGAACUUGAAGACAACUUGAAGAGGAAAGAGAUGGAAGCUAAAGAUCUUCGUACCAAACUCGAAGACGAACAGUCUCUGGUGGCAUCUCUACAAAAGAAGAUUAAAGAACUCCAGGCACGCAUUGAAGAACUAGAAGAAGAACUUGAAGCUGAGAGACAAUCCAGAUCUAAGGUAGAGAAGCAGAAGAACGAACUGGCCCGAGAGUUGGAGGACCUGGGUGAACGUCUGGACGAGGCAGGUGGCGCCACUGUGGCGCAGGUGGAGCUGAACAAGAAGCGGGAACAAGAGCUGCUGAAGCUGCGCCGAGACCUCGAGGAGUCGACCCUGCAACACGAAGCCCAGAUCGCCACACUCCGCAAGAAACACCAGGACGCCGUCAACGAGCUCGGGGACCAGGUGGAGCAGCUGCAGAAGGUCAAGAACAGGUUAGAGAAAGAGAAACAACAAAUGAAGAGUGAAAUUGACGAUCUUCAUGCACAAAUAGAAUACGUCGGCAAGAAUAGAGGCGCCUCUGACAAGAUGACUAAACAGAUGGAGAACCAGAUCGCCGAGGCCAACGCCAAGGUUGACGACGCUAACCGCCAGAUCAGCGAGCUGCAGGCCCAGAAGAACAAGCUUCAGAUGGAGAACACGGAGCUGGCUCGACAGCUGGAGGAAUCUGAGCACCGCGUCAGCGAAUUCUCCAAGGAGAAGAGCUCCCUCAGCAGUCAGCUCGAGGACGCCAAGGCAUCGCUCGAGGAAGAGACCAGGGGUCGCCAGAAACUGCAGAGUGAGGUGCGCAAUCUUCGCUCUGACAUUGACGCUCUGCGCGAACAGCUGGAGGAGGAGCAGGAGUCUCGUGCCGAGGUCCAGAGGGCUCUGUCCAAGGCCAACAGUGAGGUGCAGUCGUGGAAGGCCAAGUUCGCGUCUGAAGGAACCGCCCGAGCUGAAGAACUGGAGGAGUCCAAACGUAAACUGCAGGCCAAACUGAAUGAUGCUGAAGAGAAGAUGGAAGCAGCCUUCGCCAAGGUGAACGCCUUGGAGAAGGCCAAGUCUCGUCUGCAAGGCGAGCUGGAGGAUCUCAUGGUCGACGUUGAACGGUCAAAUGCCCUUGCUAACAACCUUGAGAAGAAGCAGCGUGCUUUCGACAAGACCAUCCAGGAAUGGCAGACCAAGGUGAAGGACCUCCAGACGGAGCUGGAGAACUCCCAGAAGGAAUCUAGAGGCUAUGCUGCGGAACUGUUCCGUGCCAAGGCCCAGUAUGAAGAGGUCACCGACCUGGUGGAGUCCUUGAGGAGAGAGAACAAGAAUCUUGCUGAGGAGAUACACGACCUCACUGAGCAGCUUAGCGAGGGAGGACAGAACCAGCACGAGAUCGAGAAAGCUCGCAAGAGACUCCAGAUGGAGAAGGAUGAGCUUCAGGCAGCUCUAGAGGAAGCAGAGUCUGCUCUGGAACAGGAGGAAGCCAAGGUGACCCGCGCUCAGCUCGAGCUGACUAAUCUUAAGGCUGACAUUGAUAGAAGACUCCGUGAAAAGGAUGAGGAAUUUGAAAAUACACGUCGCAAUCACCAGCGAGCGAUGGAGUCCAUGCAGGCGAGUCUGGAGGCUGAGUCUAAAGGUAAAGCUGAAGCUCUUCGCAUCAAGAAGAAGUUGGAACAGGACAUCAACGAGCUGGAGGUUGCCGUGGACAACGCGAACCGAGCUCGCGCCGACGUGGAGAAGAACAUCAAGCGCUACCAGCAGCAGGUGACCGAGCUGCAGACACAGCUGGAGGAGGAACAGCGCAGCCGCGAGGAGGUGCGUGAGCAGUACAACGCAUGUGAGCGCCGCUGCGCCAUGGUCAACCAGGAGUGCGAGGACAUGAGGACCCACCUCGAGGCAUCGGAACGUGCACGCAAGACGGCAGAGAACGAGUUGCAAGAUGCCAACGAUCGCAUCAACGAAUUACAAGCAGAGGUUUCCUCUUUGUCUGGACAGAAGAGGAAGCUGGAUGCUGACAUGGGUGCCAUGAGGACUGAUCUUGAUGAUCUUUCGAACGAGUUGAGAACCGCCGAGGAGAACGCCAAGAAAGCCGUCCUUGAUGCCCAGCGUCUGGCCGAUGAGCUUCGCCAGUCUCAGGACCACAGCCUGCAGAUCGAGAAGACGAAGAAGGCACUGGAGAACCAGAUAAAGGAGCUCCAGGUCCGUCUGGACGAGGCUGAGGCACAGUCGCUCAAAGGAGGCAAGAAGCUCAUCCAGAAGCUCGAACAAAGAGUUCGUGAGGUGGAGACUGAGCUGGAUGCCGAACAGCGCCGUAACGCUGAAAACCAGAAGAACGCCCGGAAGGCUGACCGCCAGAUCAAGGAGUUGGCCUUCCAGAUUGAGGAGGACCGCAAGAACAACGAGCAGCUCCAGGAGGUGAUCGAGAAACUCAACCAGAAGAUCAAGGUUUACAAGAGGCAGGUCGAGGAGGCCGAGGAAAUCGCUGCAGUGAACCUGGCCAAGUUCCGCAAGGUUCAGGCCGAGCUGGAAGACGCAGAAGAACGUGCAGACACAGCUGAGGGAACCGUGUCGAAACUUCGCCUCAAGAACCGCAGCUCCGUGUCUGUCGCUCGCAGCUCGUCCGUCGUCUCCACCUCUAUGUCAGCCCAGCGUUCAGUGCGAGGCCCAUCUGAGUAAUACGCGCACUUCAUAACUCCAGAAGAAAAAAGUUUCAACGCUUAACUGAUUCUGGACCUGUUUGAAAUUUUUCUUUCUACUUUGAUCUGUUCGUUCAAUGAGGGAUGCUUACCAACAGUGGAGACAUUACUAAACAAAACAUUAAAAUAAACAAAUAUAACCAGCCAAUCAGAACACUGCUCACAUUUGUGCUUGUUGCUGAGAUAUCAGAGAAUUCAACUUUCGCUUUAUUUGAGAAGUCAUGAAUUCAGUUUCUGGACACUACGGUUAUUUUGAUCAAGAUAAAAUUAUAUUUGUUAAGCAAUCAUAAAAUUCAGUUUAUGAAGUAAUCCUAAAAUUCAAUUUUUGAACAGUGCGAUUGCUUGAUUUAUUUGGAUAUCAUAAAUUUCAACUUGUGGACGUUUCAUUUUUCAUAAAAAGAUUAGCGUGUGCCAUAGUCCUGCUGUUAGCAAUUGUUUCGUGGUGCAGUCUUUAAUGCACUAAUCAACUUAGUUAAUGUGACUAUUAUUUACAUGUACUUAUUUUAUGAGUGGUUAUUAUAUACAUAUACUUGUUGUUUCUAUUAUGGUUGAUCUAUUUAUUGUAGGUUUCUUGUAUAAAGUAAGAAGUAAAGACAAAAAACAUGCUGUGCAUAAUGAUGGUCCCUCAUUAGAUAGCACAAUAAAAUGCUUAUAUAAUAGGUUGUUUUGUGUGACAAAAUGAGAAGUGCAAAGUAUAUAUGUACACCCUCAAGACAGCAAAUAAACGCUCUGUCUUUC